GCUUCUACACUCCUACUCUGAGUUGGAACAUCUGAGGUGUGUGUGUGUGUGUGUCAGCUUGCCUGAGCUUAAGAUUGCAGGGAAUAGAGUAGGCACAUGGUUGCUCAUUUGUAAGUGUGCUCCCACUUAAGAAAGCAAUAAGACAAGAGGGAAAGGUGCCAACACCAGUUUAACAGAGAAGGAGAGAGAGAAAAGAGUCAGGGAAAGCAUAUAAAACAUUUCCAACACCAGUGCAAUGGAAGACUAUGCAGUGUCUUUCUGGAUUUACAUGGGAGUGAUGUCCAUCUUUGUUUGUGGAGCGCUGAAGAAGUUCCUGGCAUCCCACAUCGGUACCAUGCCCUUGGUGGUGGCAUGGCUGGCAGCCACUCUGUUGGUGGAAAGACUGUGUGCCCUGUGCAUGCCUGCUGUGCUGGCAAGAUUGGUCCUCUGUGUCUCCUGCUGGCUAUACUUUACAUGGGCCACCCCUAAGCCAUUACUGCCAGUUGAGGGGAAGGCAGUCUUCAUCACAGGUUGUGAUUCGGGAUUUGGUAAUGCUACAGCAAAAUGGUUAGACGCGAUGGGGUUUGAAGUGUUCGCAACCGUAUUGAACCUGGAAGGUGAGGGUGCCAAAUACUUGCGCAGAGUCUGUUCUUCACGCCUGACGCUCCUGCAAGUAGACAUUACGCAGCCUCAGCAGGUACAGCAAGCCCUGCUAGACACCAAGGCCAAGCUUGGCAUGAGAGAUCUUUGGGGGCUUGUAAAUAAUGCUGGCUUGUGUAUAAAUAUUGGUGAUGCCGAGCUCUCCCUCAUGUCCAACUUCAGAGGAUGCAUGGAGAUAAACUUCUUCGGGACUCUUAAUGUUACAAAGACCUUCCUGCCACUUCUGAGGCAGUCUAAAGGCCGAAUUGUGACAAUCUCCAGCCCAUCAGGAGAGCAGCCCUUCCCUUGUUUGGCUUCGUACGGGGCUUCAAAAGCUGCUCUGAAUCUUUUUAUGAACACACUUCGUCAUGAACUAGAGCCAUGGGGUGUCAAAGUCUCCACCAUCUUACCUUCUGCCUAUAAGACAGGACAAAGCAGUAAUGCAGAGUACUGGGAGAAGCAGUACAAGCACCUGAUCCAGAAUUUGCCCCCAAGCCUCCUUGAAGAAUACGGAGAGGAAUAUCUACUGGAGACCAAGGAACUGUUUCAGAGUUACGCAAAAACAGCCAACGAGGAUUUGAGCCCUGUAAUCAACACCAUCGUGGAUGCGCUCCUCUCUCCUCAGCCCCAGGUGCGCUACUACGCUGGGCCAGGUUUACUUCUCAUGUAUUUCAUCUGCAGCUAUUUGCCCCUGAGCUUCAGUGACAGGUUUCUCCAGAAACUGUUUGUAAAGAAGAAGGUGAUGCCACGUUCACUGAGGAAACAGCAAGCACUGAGUCUCAACAAUAACAACAACAACACCAUAAAUGAUAACAUGAAUACGAUUAACAACAACAAUGACUUCACGAAGAUUAUUGAUUAGUUCAGUUGUGUCAGAAUAUCCUUUAGCACCACUUAUGUGAUCUGCUUACAGAGAUUUGACUCCAUUGUGCAUACUUCUCUAGCUUUUGUAUUGUGGCUUAUGUGUAUUUUGAGGGGAACACUGAAUUGCACCAAGUCAUCUACAGUAUGGUAACCCCAAACUCUUUUAGUAUCAUGAAGUUAAAUAAUAAUAAUAAAACAUACUCAUGUCCAUAGGUCAUAUUUAUAUUGUGAAAGUUCUCAGGCAAGGCAAAAUCCAAACAGAUAAACAAUAGUUUGUGUAUUCUGCAAAAUGUAAUCAUUCUGGGCAGUCACCACAAAGAUAGAUGUGUAGAGAUAUCUGGGUUUCAUUUUGAAGUUUUGCACAAAGCAAAAAGACUUUCCUUUUACUACAUUGUAGUGGCCAAUUAUAAUAUUGCUAGGGUCAGGAUCUGAGUAAGGACCAAUGUAUGGUAACCCAUACUUGGAAUAUGACCUCUGCAUUUAACCCACCCAGUGAGUAGUGAACACAUGCACUGCAAGUUGUGAACACCUGGCUGUGCCUGGGGGGCAUGGGGGGACAGGUGCCUUGCUCAAGGGCAUCUCAAUCACAACCUGCCAGUCGUGAGACUCAAGCCGAGUUACAACCCUGACUCUCUAACUAUUAGGCCAUGACUGCCCAACAUCAUCAUGUAAAUAUAAAACGUUAUGAGUUUUUUAGAUAAUUGACCAAUGGACUGCAAUGGUUCCUUAAGUCAGAAGUCCUUUUAAAAUGUAUUUUACUCCAUAAUUUUGUAUUUGUUAUACUUGUUAUAUUUUUUCUAUGUCACAUUUUGGCAUGUUCAUGCCAUUUUGUUUUAAAUAGAUCACGUAAACUGUGAAUUUUAUACAAACAUGAAAAUUUGAAAAAAAAAUGUACAUUGUUCACUUGAUCAUUCUUAGAGUAUUAAAGUUGACUUUUUGAA